AUGACGCGCGAGAGCCUCGAGAACGUCUCGAGCCUCUCCCGGGCGCAGCUCGAGACCGUCGCGGAGAUCGUCCUCGCCGGCGGCGUCUUCUCCAUGCUCGGCUGCGUCGUCAUCAUCGCGGUGUUCCUUCACGCGUCGCACCUUCGAACGUCGUUCGCGUUCCAGCUCGUCUUCGGGCUCUCCAUCGCGGAGUUCGGGAACGCGACGUGGCCGAUGUUCUUCAUGCCCGACGGGGACACCGCGGCGUGCACGACGCAGGCGCUCACGCUGCAGUUCUUCUCCUUCGCGUCCGUCCUGUGGACGUGCGCCAUCGCGUACACGCUCAGCAACGCGCGAAAGAACGGAGGCGCGGUGGGCGCGUCGCUCAUGAUGUCAUCAGAACAAAGAACAAACAGACCCUUUGACGUGAGGCGGUUCCACGCCGUGAUAUGGAGCGUCUCCGGCGCGCUCGCGACCGUGCCGUGGAGCGCGGGGGUCCUGGGUCCAGCCGGGGCGUGGUGCUGGAUCGACGCGCGACGCGGAAGAACCGCGCAGGCGUUUCGACUGAUGUGCUUCUACGUCCCGGUGUGGUGCGUCAUAGCGUACGAGGUGCGCGUGUACGCGGCGCUGUACAAGCAGCUCAGCGCGAUGACGCGGCUCGCGAGCGCGACGGCGACGAUGCGCGAGGACGCGCGACGCGAGGCGGCGGCGCGAGGCGGAGGCGGCGAUAUGGAAGACAGCGGAAGCGACGACGACGACGACGAGGAAACCGGCGGCCCGCGCGGCGACGACGACGCCGCCACCGCGGCGACGCUCCGGAGGCUCCUCCGCCGCCUCGGCGCGUACCCGGUGAUCCUAAUAUGCGCGUGGUUCUUUCCGACGUUGAACCGAGUCGUGAACAUGUUCAAAGGCGGGGACACGACCGGGGACGUAUACGCGCUGUAUGUGUUGCAGGCGAUUGGGAUGAGCACGCAGGGCGUCGGGAACGUGAUCGCGUACGGCAUGUCCGCCGCGGUGAGGAAGCACGUCGCGGAGACGAUGGCGAGGGCGUGCGGCGGCGGGUUAGGGUCCGGAGGGGACGCGCGCGCGGGGUUGAAGAGCGUGCGGAGGGAGCUGGAGCUCGGGAACCGCGGGAGCGGCGGCGGCGGCGGCGGGAGCGGCGGGAGCGGGGGGGGGGGAGACGGGGGGGCGGAGAGAGUCGCGAGUCCGGGACGCGAGGAGGGAGGGAAGGAGAUCCUCCUGGAGAUCGACCUGUCCGAGGAGUGA